AUGUCCUCUCCCACCUGGCAAGACCGCCGCUUCAUAGGCACUGUGCCCAAAGAAAUCCAUCAAGGCAGCCGCCGCUAUUCAGCCACUAAAGACACCAUGUCGACGCCGCCCACCGCAGCCACCGCCCUGGCAGCCGCCACCAUUCCCACCACUUCUCCCGCCGACUCGACAACACCAGCAACCAAAGUGUUUCCAACCUGGGAAGGAGACCGGCGCUUCAUGGGCACGGUCCCCAAGGAAAUCCACGAGCCUGCACGCAAGUCAUCUUUCUCUGGCGCCAAACCGGCUGAAGUCCCGAAACCUGCUUCUGCUUCACCUCCACCGGCGUCGACUGGUGGAGGGAUAGCGGCUGCAAUUGCCGGAAGAAGACGGUCCUCUGCAGGGUCCCAAUCUGGUAUGUUCAGCGGCCUCCUCGCAAACCGAAGCAACGACCAACGCCGUCAAAGUUGGGAAGACGUGAAAAAACCAGAAGGUCUAGGCGGGUUCUUCAGCGGGCUGGUGAACAGUAAACCUGCCGAGAAGAAGUGA